UCCAUUUACAGGCAGGAUGAUGAAAUUCUUUGCUAUCUUCGUAGUGGCGGUCGCGGUGCAACAUGCAUCUGGUGAAGGAGGAUUUGGCCAUGGAGGACACGGGGUUGCUGUUGGAGGAGGCCAUUUACUUGGAGGAGGAGGCCACGGUCUUGGAGGAGGACACGGAGUUGCUGUUGGAGGAGGCCAUUUACUUGGAGGAGGAGGCCACGGUCUUGGAGGAGGACACGGAGUUGCUGUUGGAGGAGGCCAUUUACUUGGAGGAGGAGGCCACGGUCUUGGAGGAGGACACGGAGUUGCUGUUGGAGGAGGAGGACAUGUCAGGGGCGGUCACGGAGGUUAUGGCGGAGGUGUAGCCACAGGCUUCAGCGUGUUCAACCUCGGAGCCCCACUGGGAGGCUACGGCGCGAGUGGCUCCUCCUUGGGGCACGGUGGUCUUACCGGCGUCUCCUCCUUGGGGCACGGAGGCCUCGCUGGUGGCUCCUCCUUGGGACACAGAGGCCUCGCUGGUGGCUCCUCCUUGGGGCACGGAGGUCUCGCUGGUGGCUCCUUGGGGCACGUAGGUCUCGCUGGUGGCUCCUCCUUGGGGCACGGAGGUCUCGCUGGUGGCUCCUUGGGGCACGGAGGUCUCGCUGGUGGCUCCUCCUUGGGAGUUGGCGGCCUUAGCCAUGGGGGCGUCUUGGCCAGUGGCGUUCACGGCGGCGGCCUCGGGGGGCCAGUCGUCGGUCCCCACGGGGACUCUUACGGGGUUCUGUAAGGUCGAUUGCAAGAUCUCUGUUUCCCAUACAUGAUCGUUAUUUAUUCGAGUGGAAGAUGCAACCUGGAGUCUUACUUAUCUAAUAAACAACACCUAACUGC